UAUUGUAGUUUUGGUCUAUUCUAAAUCCUGUUCUAAAGUUUUCAUCCGACUGUUUAAAUUUUUCUCUUUUGUACUAUUAGGGCUUCCUAAGUUGAAGCUGAUAUGGAUGCAAUUAAUGUUAUGCUUGAAGGGAAGAGACUUCUCUCAGUAUGCUAUAGAUGCAGCAUAGCUUUUAAAAACUUUUGGGUUUGAGAAGUCGACUAGUUUUUCAGUGGAUGUGAUAUGUUGAAAUGGAUGUCAGGGCUGCUUUGCAACCAUUUUGCUUUCGGCUAUGAGUUUUAUUUAUUUAGUUAUUAAUUUCUUUUAUACUUUAAGUUAAAGAUGGAGAGAAAAAAUCAUGUGCAGGAAAUGAGAUAGGGAGAAGGGAGGAGGGAGGGAAGAGGAAAGAGGAGAGGAUGGGGAAAUGGAGAAUGUAUGAAAAACUUGAAAAAAAAUUGGAAAUUGUUUUAUGUUUUAGUUUUCAUUUUAUGUACCAUUCCAUCACUAGUUUUCAUCUUAUUAUCUAUUAUUUUAUGUGAAUUUCAAAUGCAUGGAUUUGAAAUCCAAAUGCUUCCAUCCAACCGGGCCCUAACUUAUGGUAGGUGUCAUGUUAAUGUAUAUACUUGUUAUCCAUCUCAAAGAUUAUACGACCUCCUUCUCUCUCCCCCAACCGUCUGUAUAUGCUCUGUACUCUCCUAUGGCGUCGAGAUACAUAAGGGAGUUUUUGGCUUUGGAGGCAUUUAAAAACACAGGGAGAGACGUAAGCGACAUCCUUCCACGACUGGUAAAGUUGCUCUGCUGCCUCCAAGUCACCAAGACACACCUUUUCACCGUCACUCUGUCCUACGGUCCCAGCAUGCUCCCAACCCUUGGCCUGGCCGGUAAUUUGUGCUUGGCUGAACGCAUCUCGACCCAGUUUGACAAACUGGGUGUUGGGGACAUUGUACUCGUACAGUCCCCUGAGGUUCCUUGGAAGUUCAUGACCAAGCGCUUGAUAGCCAUGGAAGGCCAGUCUGUUACAUAUGUUGUCGACCCUAAGAACAGUGACAAGUCUGAGACUAUUGUGGUUCCUAAGGGGCAUGUUUGGAUAGAGGGAGACAACAUCUAUGAGUCAAAUGAUUCAAGAAAAUUCGGGCCGGUUCCUUAUGGCCUUCUACAAGGCAGAGUCUUUUGGAGGAUAUGGCCACCUAAAGAUUUUGGAUCGUUGGUGCAAAACAAAGGGAAGGAUUCUAUCUCAUGAAGUACGCUUAUUGAGCAUGCGCACUGUUAGUUCCUUGUAUGUAAUUACAGAAUCUUGUUGUAGUAGGGAAUUAGAAGCUUGUUUGUAGAAUGAUAUUUUUCUAUCAAGAAAAGUGGUUCAGAAGGCAUGAAUGAAAAAUCGUUUCUCUUUCUGCUUUA